GCUUCUUUAGACUGCAGCCAAGUUCAGGCAAUGACUCCAACUCAAAACGCAAUGAAUCAACAUCAAAUUCCACACAAUCGGCCAAAUUUUCCGCGAAUGUUUAACAAAAAUUGAUAACACUUCGGGCAUCUGUCUCAAAACACACAAACUCUGCAUAGGAAACUUGAGAUUUGAACCUCAAACUUCAACUCCUAACCACUAUGCCGUCCUACUGUGCAAGGAUUGCUUUAAUAUGCCCAUAUCCUGUGUUAGUCAAUACAAUAGGAAGACCACAAGUUGUUUAAAACAAAUCAGCUGUUGGCAUGAUGAGCAGUUAUCCAUCCCUGUGUUUCAUUAAAGAAACCUCGAAAAGUAAUUCAAAUGCUUACCACAUUUCUGUCCUCAGUAAGAAAAACAAUAUUCAGUGUUUAAUCCAAAAUUGAGUUGAUUAUUUGGAUGAAGCAGUUGUUGUCAUUCUUUAUCAUUUUUUGUUGUGUGUGUUGAAAUUGAAAUAACCUGUUAACCCAUUUCUUGGUUGCUUUCACUCAUACUCAAGGUCGUUUCUAUUGGUCAUUUGUAAUGUAAUAACCAAAUGUGUUAAUUUCCAAGGAGAGCAUGCGUCACUACUUUCGCUGCAACGUGCGUCAUGAACGAGCUGCCUCGCCCAGUUAGCGUAUGUCUGGCUCGCUCUCACGCUGUAUGGCUGUGGGACUCCGAUAGCAGCAAGCAGAAGCAGCAUAAGUGCACAAGCGAAGUGGCUGGAUGAGAGCCAACUUGAUGUUGCAGAUGAAAGUGGCGCUUUCCCAGGCAUCACUCGGCCGCCUCCUUCACGGACACGUGAGCGAGCCGUCGCUCCUCGUGUGAGUCGUGGACUUGAAGGACCUUUUCUUUCUUCUGGUUAUUAGCAACAAAGUAGUUGAACGUUGACUUGGUGUGGAUUUCAACCAAGUGUGCAGUCACUGCCACGCACUUCUGGACACUUUUCCAGACGACAUGUCAGAUCUGAUGCUUCCUCGUCAUGCUGAGACACAAGAUGUCAAUCAAUUUUCUUCCUGUGACUUUGAGUCAACGUGUCUCUGGACUUCAUCAAAACACAGCCAGCAAAGUGACUGGUCCGUAGUAUCUGCACGACAAACUGAGCGAGAAGGUCUGACGCCUGAGGCGGACCACUCGGAGGGGAGCUCUGAUGGUCACUUUCUUCUCCUGAGCCCCUCCUCUGGUGCCGAGGCCUCUAAGAGAUGCGAGUAUUAUUUAACCAGCCCAAUCAUGCCAAAAAGUGAGCGCCAAUGUGUUCUACGUCUGGCCCACUAUGAGACGACACCAUCGGCAGGGAAUCUAACGGUCCUGAUCAAGUCACUUGACUCCACUUUGUUCGGUGACACCGCCGUGUUCAAACCUGAGAGGAGAGAGGACCCCAGAACGGACUGGGAGGCGGUGGAGACUGGGAUAGGCUCAGUGGACGAGCCCUUUCAGGUGAUUCUGAGCUACACUGGAUGUUUGCAGGGUGGCUCCAUCGUGGCGCUCGAUUCACUGCACUUCAUUGACUGUCAAUCAGACGAAAAGGAUGAGGUCAUCCCACCGGAUGUGGACUGCGGCGAUCAUUACUACUGCGAACAAUCCGGAUAUUGCAUCGAGCAAAAUUAUGUGUGCGAUUUCCAUACGGACUGCCCUUUAGGAGAGGAUGAGGGCCUCAUCUGCGGUUCGAUGCCAUUUGGAUCGUACUGCUCAUUCGAGCAGGAUGCUUGUGGUUGGUCCGUGUCCAAGCAGCAAUCGGCUUGGAGCAGGGUGGCCGGAGGAGAGUUGCUGCAGAAAAAAGACAUGCGGGGCCUCACCCUGAGCACUACGCCUGGACACUUCUUGUUUCUGGAGAUCAGGGAGAAACAUAACCUGCACGAGGCAUCUGUCCAGAGCCGUUUUUUCCCUCCACCUGUCUCCAACAGAACUUGCCAGAUGCGUUUUUCUUUUUACUUGUUUGGCUCCUUCAAUGGCUCCUUGUCGGUGGCUAUAGAGGAGAAUGGGACCUCCACAGCGCCAUUGUUCUGGGAGGGACAUGGUCAAGGGAAGGAUGACUGGGAGGAUGUUGUCCUGCAGCUGACAGACAUUCAUCAUGGGUUCCGUGUUAAGGUCACAGCUGUUUGGCUCCAAGGCUCCCAUGCUGAUGUCGCCCUGGAUGAAAUCGCCCUCACUGCAACCUGCUUUGGCACAGAUCUCAACUCUAUCCUGCCUGUGGCCGACCUGAGGGAUUUCUUUAGUCCCCACGGAGAGCCUUCAUUUUCAGAAGUUUCUCUGAUGACUUGGUUUUUCAACUCGUGCGGUGCCAGCGGUCCCUAUGGGCCGACCCAGGCCCAGUGUGACAGUACCUACAGGCAUAAAAAUGUCAGCGUGACUGUGGGGAAGGAAGGAGCCUUUAAGGGGGUGCAAAUGUGGAGGGUCCCUGCCACCAACAGAUACCUGAUCUCAGCUUACGGCGCCGCAGGAGGAAAAGGGGCCAAAAACCACAACAAGCCCAACCAUGGCAUCUUCAUAUCGGCUGUGUUCCCGCUGGAGAAAGACGAAUUACUUUACAUUUUAGUGGGUCAUCAGGGAGAGGACGCGUGCCCCGGGAGAAAUUCCCAAACACAUAAAAUCUGCCUGGGGGAGUCAUCUGUGAUCGACACAAGGGGGGAGGAUGACUCUGAGUGGUCUGGAGGGGGAGGCGGAGGGGGCGGAGCUACCUUCAUCUUUAAGAUGGAGGGCGAUGAACUGAUUCCCUUGCUGAUUGCGGCCGGUGGUGGAGGAAAUGCUUACAUGGAAGAUCCGAAGUCCAGUCUGGAUCAGAUAGCGCUGGAGCAGUUUGAGAACAGCACCACGGUGCCCGGCACCAAUGGCCGAGCCGGUGCUGCAGGUGGAGGUGGAGGUUGGAAAGACUCUCCGACCACUCAUCUGGUGGCGGGCAAGUCCCUGUCAGAAGGUGCUGACGGGGGUGCAGCGUGUCUUUUAUCCCAGUCCAAACUGGGUUGGUCCACCUACGGGGGGUUCGGAGGGGGAGGUGGCGCCUGCACGGCCGGAGGAGGGGGAGGCGGAUACAGAGGAGGUGACGCCGCGUUGACGGAUGACAUGAAAGCCGAUGGUGGCAAUGGCCUCUCCUUCAUUCAUCCAGAUGGAGAGAUUUACCUGCAGCCUCUGGCGGCCAUGGAGAGUCACGGCGAGUGUGAAAUCAAAGUGCAGCUGAAUUGCAGCCACUGUCAGUCUCAGAGCUGCAAACGCAAUGAAGAGACACACCUCAUCUUCUGCCUGUGCCAUGACGACGAGGUCUUGGCCAGCGAUAACGUCACGUGCGUCGACACAGUCGCGCCUGCAGUCCAGCCUCCUCCAGCUCAGAUGUCGACAUCGCUGAUCCUGGCAGUGGUCACCUCGGCCGUCGUCAGCGGCGUGGCCUUGAUCUGCGCCGGGGUCAUCCUCAUGUGGCAUCGCUGGAAAAACGAUCUGCAAGCAGUUAGGGGCUGCCUGCACAGCCCCGAGUACAAGCUGAGUAAAAUCCGUUCUUCCACCAUCAUGACAGACUACAACCCCAAUUACUGCUUUGCCGGGAAGGCCUCGGCGCUCAGUGAGCUGAAGGAAGUCCCGCGUAAAAACAUCACGCUCCUCAGAGCCCUGGGCCACGGCGCCUUCGGUGAGGUGUACGAGGGUCAGGUCCUCGGGAUGAACGCCGAUAACGGCCCCAUGCAGGUGGCCAUAAAGACUCUUCCGGAAAUCUGCUCAGAACAGGAUGAGAUGGAUUUCCUAAUGGAGGCCUUGAUUAUGAGCAAGUUCAACCACGAGAACAUCGUCCACUGCAUGGGCGUUAGUCUCAACAACCUGCCACGUUUCAUCCUGCUGGAACUGAUGACCGGAGGAGAUAUGAAGAGCUUCUUGAGGCAGAACAGACCUCAACGUGGCCAAGCGGCUUCACUCAGCAUGCACGAGUUGUUGCAGAUGGCCAGGGACAUUGCACGAGGUUGCCGCUACUUGGAGGAGAAUCACUUCAUACACAGAGAUAUUGCUGCUAGAAAUUGCCUUCUUACAUGCCCUGGACCUGAAAGGGUGGCCAAGAUUGGAGACUUUGGCAUGGCCAGAGACAUUUACAGAGCCAGCUACUACAGGAAAGGUGGUCGUGCCAUGCUGCCGGUCAAGUGGAUGCCGCCCGAGGCUUUCAUGGAAGGAAUCUUCACUUGCAAGACUGAUACAUGGUCGUUUGGAGUACUGCUGUGGGAGAUCCUCUCUCUGGGCUACAUGCCAUACCCUUGUAAAACCAACCAGGAGGUGCUGGAGUUUGUUACCAGCGGAGGUCGGAUGGACCCCCCGGAGGGCUGCCCGGGUCCAGUUUAUCGGAUCAUGACCCAGUGCUGGCAGCAUUGUCCUGAGCAUCGGCCCAACUUCUCCACAAUACUUGAGAGAAUCAACUACUGCACUCAGGAUCCGGAUGUGAUCAACACGCCUCUCCCAGUGGAAUAUCGGCCAACCACCGAUGACGACGGCGCCGCGGUGAUCCGCCCUUCCGACCACACGCCCACCAGCUUUGCUCCUCUCCCCGUCUCUUUAGCCCCCACGUCCCCAUUGAUCUUGGCGCCCUCGGUUCUUCCGCCGCCGCCCGCCAAACCUUGUGUGCCCCAGCACAAGGCGACACCCUGUCAGGAGGUGCUCCCGGAUCUCCAUAAAACCGAGGCGGCUCCGGCGGCCGUCGUGCGCACCGCGGGCCUCUGGCUGCACCCCGAGCCUCCCUCGCGCCAACCUUGCUCCACGAACAGCGCGUGUGUGGGGAGCCAACGGCUGAAGAACAAAACGAAGAAUUUGUGGAACCCGACUUACGGCUCUUGGGUCUUGGAAAGCUUCAAGGGCAAGAAGACCUUGGCUCACACUCAGUCCGUGCCACUCUCAAGUCCUCCUCAAUCAUCCUUAGAGUGCAACCGGGCGCUCUGUGAGACCUCCAACUGCUCUCAUCUCAAAUCUGCCGCCCUCUGCCCUUCCUGCCAGCCUCAAGUCGCGCCGAAUGUGCCCCACAAUAAGAGCCAAACCAGCAGCGCUCCCUCAAAGGCGGGCAUUGACCUGGCCAAGCUGCAGAGUUUUCCCUGCGGAAAUGUCAAUUACGCCUACGACGAGCAAAACUACGAGGCAGAGAGCUUGCCCUUGGUCGUCCACACCAAAGCCCCAGAAGCCAUCAAAAACACCAACUCCGCCCCCAGCAUGUCCUCAGGGACAGGCCUGGGGUUGGCUCUGGGCCUCUACACGUCAUCCUCUUCCUGCAUGCCCAAGCUGCUGCUCAAACGCCACGCCAGCUACGGGCACGAGGACGUGAGGAGACACACCAAAGCUGAGAAGCCUACACGAGACCGAGACUCCGGCUUCUCUCUGUCCGAGGACUUGAGUGUCACACCGUUCUGAGAGUCAACAUGCAGCAGAUUUUCCUUAUGUAAAAAAAAAAAUAGUAGAUUUUUGUAGAUGAAUUCUCUGUGCUGAUUUUUUUUCUCGCACAUCAGGUUUUCUAUUACUUACAAUAAAUAAUAUUUAGUAAUAUAUUUUAAUUAGGAGCUAGGUUCAGCAACAGAUGGAUUUUUUGGUUGGAAAUGUCAUUGCUAUAAAUUGCAAUCAUGAUCAAAUUUGUGUUGGACAAGAUUUAAUAGAUAUAACUUGAAUAAAUAAAAAAAAGAAAAUAUCUGAAAAAUCUAAUGUGCUAGAAAAAAAAUUGAUUUUUUUUUUAAAUCCUCUGUGCUCGCUGUGCCCACCAGGUAGUGAAUGAUUUGAGCUGGUGUAAUGGUUCUGAUGAUUACAAUGCUGGAAGGAGACCCUUACAUACUCCUCUGCACUGUGAUUCAGAACUGGACUCAUUUCUUUGGCUGCUUGGUAUGCAGUGUGAUGGAUCUGUAUGCCUUUUUUUUUUAUGCCAGAACAAUUGCUGUGGAACGGAGGACUUUGAUACACUAUUGUUUAAAUGAAGGAUGUUUGAUGAAGAACAAUGACUGGACAUUUGAGAGGGGACAGACAAAGAGAAAAGACAAUAGAGCAAAAGUAACAUAAUAUGACCACAGCAACGUUAUAUUCGAGUUGACCUCAUUGUGUGCUUCUUGUUGUCUCCAAAAUGCUGAAAUAGUCUCAACCUUUUUUUUUUUUUUUUUUUUUUUUUUUUUUUUAUCUUCUGGAAGCUUUGGGACUUGCUUCUAUGACCAGUGAUUUGGACGGUGGAGCGAUCAGUGUGCAGUAUGAGAAUCCAAGAUGCAUUUUCAUUUGUUGGAAUUUUUUUCAUCCACAAAAACAGACAAAUUCAGAUUUCAUGGAAGAGUUUUCAGGAUUUGUUCUGAAGGAAUCAUGUGAAAAACAUUUUAUUUCAUAACGUUUGCAAUAAUGUGUAUUUCUUUUUUUAUACAGAGGUGGUUUUAAAAGGAGGAUAAACAUGACCAUUCAGACACAUUUUUUGGCAAUGUUGUCAUGGCAACGACCUAACUUGCUGGCUCUUAGAGUUUAAAUCAAGGAUGGGCAAACUUUGGGCCAAAUAUGACCAUCUCUCAACUCUUAUCAUCAAGUCAAUCUUUUUUUUUUUUUUUUUUUUUAAAUGCCUCUCCAGCAAGAAAUUCUAAAUAUUUGAAAAAAAAUGCUGAAGUUCCACUUGAAUGAAAGAUGUUUGUACUCAUUUAUGUUGACUCAGUGUAGCAUGUAGUUAAGUUGUUUAGCUUUAGCAUAUUGACUCAAAACAAUAUGGAUGCUGACAGCUGUGAAAUAUUAGCUAUUUUUAUACUCGCUUCUAUACACUGGACUAACAUUUGUAUAUAUUUUUUUACUUACGCUAACGAUCGCCUUGUUAUUUGUAGUCAAUCACUGCCAUUGGAUAUUACGACACAUGAGUUGUAGUAGCCACCUUUACUCAGCAGGGGGAGGUGUUUAGCUGUGACACACAACGAGCUGCUCCAUUCGUGUGCGCUUUAUCACACACAUGCUGAGUGUUUAUGAAUAUUUUUGUUGAUUGUAGUCAAUAAUAAUCUACACCUAUAAAUCUUUGUAUUUUUGCAGUAUGGGUUGUAUAAGGGUUGUACUUUUUGUAUGCUUUAAACGUACUAUUGAAGGCAUGUCCAGCUCGGGGGAGACGUAAAACACGCAACACAACCAGCAAGCAAUAACACAAUAGCAAACUUGGACGUCACAAUCACGGAGUACCCGACAGGGGACAACACAACAGGAUUUGGUAUUGUAAAUAUUAAAGAGGUUUAAUAUUUAUGAUGUGAUUUCCAUGCAGAUCGGUGAGGAAUCAUCAGUCUGACACACAGGAUAAAUUUUAAUCUUUAAAAAAAAAAAGGAAGCAAUCUGGCCUGUGCUCUCUUGUGAUUCAGAAGGGAUGAGAAAUGAAAUUUGGCCUGAUUGUCCAUAUGCGCGUGUCGAAAUCCACAUUGUCUAACAAUUUUUAUACAUUUAAUUUCAGAUUUAGUGUGAAUUCUAUGCAAUGUACAGGAACUGUCUUUCACACUUGCAUCUAAGCAGAUUGUUCUCAAAAGUACUGAGCUCAUUAGUGUGUAUUUGUUGUGUGUAAUUGUAUAUAAUUAUUCAUCUGGACCCACCCCCAGAAGCAGAAAAUAAAUGCAAGGGAACCCAUUAA